AUGCUGCGUGUGGUUGCAAGUCGGCAUUAAAAAGAAGAAGAGUCUGCAGCAGGACAACUCCUCCACCACGCUUCUCUCAUGCUACUUUCCCUCUCAAAAUGUCCACACUGCAAACACUGAAGUCUUUUAUCAACCAUCGGCUGGCUGUGGCUGUUGAGGAGAUAUUCGGGCUGCUGGAAACAACUAUAUCAAACUAUGAAGAAGACAUUAAUCGCCAGCGCAAGCUGCUGGAAGACGAGAGGUCGGAGUUCAGAAUCAACAAAGCAGAUAUGCAACAAGCUAUGAGAUUUCGAGUCAUCAUCGGUAACGACAUCAAGAAGAUAACUUUCCAGAACGGCCUCCCCUCAUCUGUGGAGGACUUGAUUAAAGUGUUUCAACAAGCUUUUUCCAUCACCACAAACAUAGGUCUUCAUCACAAGGAUGCCGACUUUGAUGACUUCUUCACACUAACGUCUACAAGUGAUCUGAAGGACAAAGACACACUCAAAGUAGUGCACAUGCCACCAAGCAUAAUAAUGACCACGGUGCCUCAGGAACGCAAUUUUGACACAUCUGACCUGUCGUCGGUAGAUGAUCUGCUCUCUGUGGAUUCACAAGACAAUCUGAUUCCCAGUCCCCCUGACACUGAGAGGCAGAGCCUGUGGCCUGCUGUCUUUCCCAUACCAACCUUCUCCUACAACACUGAGAUGGCUUUGAGGCAAGGCAAUGAGAAGUUUCUAAAAGAUGGAAGCCCACUGACAUUACCAAGUGUCAAAACAGACAUUUUAGAGCGCCUGGCAGAGGCCAUGUUUUCCUACACGGCUUAUGCUAAUGAGCCACAGAGGGCCGCAGUUGCACAGGCACUCAUAGAGAAGCAUCCCUGCUUGAGGGAGCCUGGCUCUUUUAACGGAUGUUACGGGUGGCAGCAAAGCCUGAAGUACAAAUGUGCAAACUACCGGUGCAAACUUAAAGCACACGGAAAACCCGAACUGCUGAUAAAUACACUGAAACACAAGCAGGAAGGUGACAGAAAACCUCACAAAAAUGUCAAGAAACCAAGGAAAGCGGAGGUGAACUACCUGCCCUCAAACCCGGCCGGUGAGACAGAUGACAGCCUGGAGAAUGUGAGACUUGAGCUCAUUGCAGCUAGCAAGACAAACGACAAUGACCAAAUGAUAAAUACCAUGAUGUCCAGAACAUACAGCUGUAGAAGAAGGGAAGUGGUCGGCCAGUCCAUGCAGGCGGCAGAACUCAAAGAGAGAUGGCCCGCCCUCUUUGAUCCGUUACAGAUAAAUGAGGAGUUUCGGAGGUGCAACACUAUCCCGCUGGAGUCAACGUUUAUGUCCCAGCUGGACAGGUACACGCCAAAGUUCCUGGAAUUAUUCAGCUCAAAGGGAGGAGCUGCUGGACAGCGCAUGAAAACUGUGUUGAUCGACCUGACAAAGGACCCACAAGCCUCAGUGGUGAAGAAGAGGGACGUGACUCUGAGGUGCCUCAUCGAGUACAUGGGGGAGAGUGUGGAAGAGCUCAUCUCUGACUACUAUAGAACAGCGGAGGAUAAAGUGCACCAGGACCUUAAAACGCAGAGCAUGAGGAUCUACGUCUGUAACAAGCCAGACGCUGUGGGAAUCAUCAUUGAUGGAACUCCGGUGCUGACGGGGCUGGACAACAUGUCCAGAGCCUGCUGCCUUCUCCUCGGCCUGAUCUACGCCCUAAAUCUGGAUUAUCCUCCCAAACUUGCCAAAACAUUUGAAGUCUUUCAAAGACUGUUUGUAGGACUUGAUACGCUGCAGCCAAAACCAACAUCCAAGUACAUCAGUCUGAAAAACAAACUCCUUACCUAAACAAUUGCUCCGAGACGUUUGACUCUACUCAUAAAAAAGCUGUUUUGUUAGUGUGUUACAUUUAGGAGCUGUAAUGUUUUCUGGUUAAUGAAAGAAACAAUAAGCAUUAAGUGUCUUUGGGCUGUCACCUUUUCCAAAAAUGAAGUUUGUUUUGCAUUUAACUAA